AUGGGAUCUUAUGGCCUUCCUUCGGAAUGGGAAUGGCCCGAAUAUCGCCGAGAGGACGCGGAAUUGGAUCUUGAGAACAUCACGAUCAAAAGAAGCAUUGCAGCUCGGUACGGAGAGGAUGGUCUACGUCGUAGCUGGAUCACUGUGUGCAAAGAGCUGGAAGAGUCAAGCCGACAGAUGAGGGAUGAAGGCAGUAACCUGAUCAAAGAGUUCUCAUGGGAGGAAUUUCUGGCCCUUACCGAUACCGACAAGGAGCAGAUCAAGAGAAAAGGCUGCUUCGUCGUCCGAGACACAGUGCCCAAAGACACAGCUAAUGCUUGGUUUGAUGAUAUCAAGACAUACUUGAGGGAAAAUGAGGGCGUCAUAACGGGAUGGCCCAAAGAACAGCCUUAUAUCCUACAGCUCUACUGGUCUCGACCUCAACUGGAAUGUCGCACUCACCCUCGUACCAUGGCGGUGCAACGUGCCAUCCUUAACCUAUUUCACGAUGAUGAGGAUCCUCAAAAGACUUUUGCUGCCCCGCUGGCCUAUGCUGACGCCAUGCGCAUUCGCCCUCCAGGCAAACCCUUUCACGGUCUAGGCCCUCAUAUCGACGCAGGCAGCCUGUGUCGCUGGGCCGAUCCCGAAUAUUGCAUGGUGUAUGACAAGAUCUGGGCCGGCAAGCCCGAGGAGUUUGACCCAUAUGAUCUUACCCAUAGGAAGCGAGCCAAUCCAUCGUACUAUCCUGGCGCAGCACAGUCUCAUGUUGUACGGGCUUUCCAAGGAUGGACUGCGCUAUCACCAGCAAGUCCCCACGAAGGCAGUCUUCAGCUGUUCCCUGAUUUGAAGUACGGGAUUGCAUACGUUUUGUUACGCCCUUUCUUUCAGCCACCAGAAAAUCCAGCUGAUAUUAUGGACGCCGAAAAGUGGACUCUCAACCUUGACGACGCUUGGUUUCCAGGGGUAUGGCGCCACACCCCACAGGUCCUGAGUCCUGACGCAUUUCCUCAUCUACGUCUGAAAGAGUGUUUACCUUACAUCCCCAGGAUGGAGCCCGGAGACACCGUUUGGUGGCAUAUGGAUAUGUGCCAUGCUGUAGAAGUCGAACACAAUGGAACACAAGAUGCAUGCGUGGUCUACAGCGCCGCCACUCCGACCUGCGAAAUGAACAUCAACUACAUGAAAGGUCAACUGAAAGACUUCUUGAAUGGUGUUUCUCCAGAAGACUUCCGCGGAGGCUGUUAUGAGAAGGGUUUGAAAGGAUUUCCAGGAGAAUCUGCCAUCUUGAACGGUGAGGCGGGUAGAAAGGCGGUCGGGUUCGGGUUGUAG